AUGCACCUUCCCUAUCCUCUCUUUACUUUCCUUCUUGCCCUCCGUGUCGGUGCGAACCCCGUCCCUGAUCGCGACCAUCGCGGCGACCAUCGCGAUGACUCGGGCUCGGAACAUCGUCUCAUUUGCCCAGGGCUAAAGACCCAAGACAAAGGCUGUAUCCGCUAUACCCGUGGGUUUGAUGUCACAGGAGUCGUGACCGAAGUCGACAUAGACUUCCCGCACGUUCGGACAGAAUGCGACUGUAUCCAGGAAUGCUUGAACCGGCCAGACACCUGUGCGAACUACGUCUACAAAUUCUCCACCCCUGAAUCUGUGAAGCGUGGCCACCGUACAUGCACACUCUACUCCAAUUUCAACCUUCCCACGGGUGUGACGCUGCAGUUUGACUUGAAAAGCUCUAACAACAAGAAUAUCAAUGCCGCGGAGAUUACUGCCAACGGCAACAACCCACACAUGGGAGGCCUCGUUCCUCAAGCCUUCAAAGAUAUGAAUCUCAAUACCGUCCCCGAUUUCGAUGCUGUUUCUGGGCCCGUCUGGUCCCUUGCUAAUGGACAAGUCCAGUGCUAG